UCUGAACAUGAUAUUCCUUCUUGGCCCUUUGAAAAAGACACACACGUGAUAACGACUAUGAAAACGACCUAGAUUUGUGAUAUACGCAAUUGGAGAAUAAAAUAAGAUUUGUAAUCUAGUUAGAUCUAGUUCUACAUCCGUUUGACCGUCAGAAACAUUUCCAUUGUGACCAGAAUGUCGAAUAAAACCAAUUCAAAAAAGCCACUCCUUCCUGCUAUAAGUAGAUCUAGAUCUAUUUUGAAGACACCUCGUGAAUCCAGCGCAAAUGACCAAAUAGGGUCAAGUUCAGCGGAACAAGAGCAGCCCCCAGUGCUGGCCACUGCCCAGAGUGUGAUGUCCGCUAGUGACGAGGGCACAACGGAGCCGGACGAUGAGCUGCUUGACCUGAUUGACGACAUCAAAGCCGUGGACACUCAUCUAGUGGAGACGCUGGAGGAGGAGGAGCGGAAUGAGUUACCUGUGGAAGAAAGUCGGUUGAGUGUCAGUGAACGUGAAAAAAGCCGUAAGGCAAGUUACAAGCUGCCUCAAAUUUUCAUCAAAGCCCCAGAGCUGAAGGAAAUUUUCGACGAAGGAAUUUACGAGGUAACAAGUGACCCACCCUUCGUUACGCCGUACCCAGAUGUUGACGAGAUGUAUCAAAAGGCCAAUCUCAGAAUUUCCAAGAAUGCUACAUUGGACGUGUUCAGGUCAGAGUUAAGGAAGAUUUAUGAGGUGGUCAACGAAGCCAGAAGUAACGAGGCGGAGCUGAAGAAAAAGUUGUUUAAGAGGGAGCACGAGGUGGAGGAGCUGGCGGCGAGGCUGAAACACGAUCCCAGAGUGGCCAAAGUUUUGUUCCUGGCGCAUCGUUGGCGGCAAGAGAAGGCAGAAGCGGAGGAGAUUGGGAAUGAAUACCUGACGGAGUUGAACAGUAUCAGAACUGACAUCCGGACGAUGGAAACAAAUCUUACCAACAUGAGGAAAAACAACCGGAAACUGACGGAUGAGCUCGAUUCUAGGAAAAAACUAGAGAAAAAGAUGGAAGAGCUGGAGGAACUGAGCAUGCAUAAGGAGCAGAAGAUUGGGGAGCUCGUCCAAUCAAUGCAAGCUGCCAAAGACGCCUUCUAUGAAUACAAGCGUGACUCUCAGAAAGAGAAAGAUGAGCUGAUGGCCAAGCUCGAUGCAAUUCCAGUGGUCACCCACAUGGACAUUGAGGACACACGCCAUCAGCUGGACGUGAUCAAGAGGGAGAAUUUUAAAUAUCACUUGGAACUGACCGACAAGAGGAAGAUGAUCCUGAACUUGGAGAAGACGAUCCACUCCAAUCAGACCUACAUGUCCGAGCUCAGGAAAAAUUUGUCCACUCUAAAGCUCAAGUGUAAGAGACUGGAAGAUAAAUUACGCAGAGUGAACCAGAGUCUGGAACAUUGUGACAAUAACAGGGAGCAAUUAACCCAACUAGCCCAAAAUUUAAACACAGAAAACACUAGACGAGGCAUACAUUAUAAGAAAAUGGAAGCAUCUUUAAAAAAGUGCGAGAUGGAGAAAUAUCAUAUUUUGAACCAGGCUGAGAGCCAGAACAAAAAAGUGUACCAGGAAGAAGUCCGAAAUAAAGAUUUACAAUCAGAGAUUAACCGCUUGUUCUUUGAACUCUCUGCAUCCAGGCAAUUAGAGGACAACAUGGCAAAGGUCCUGGACAAGGCAAACAAACAAAUACUGUCUCUCAAGAAUAAGUUGUACAUCAGCGAAGCGAAAGCCAAUAGCGGAGUGGCGGAAUUAAAUCACCAAAAAAACAUGCUCCACACGGCUAAAACCCACGCUGAAAACCUGGGUAAAAAUAUGCAGAAUCUUCUGACGGAGCUGAAGGCUGUGUACUACCGAAUGACCAGUUGCACCAAUGAGAACAUAGAGAAAAAAAACAUCAUUCGACAUAUGGAUGCACUGUGCCACAAUUUCAAGAACGUGAUUAGGAUUCAGGACUCAGAGAAUGACUCACUGGUCAUCAGUUCUCAGAAACUGGAGCAGCUCCUGAGGAAAUCCCACGAUAACAUGCUAGUGCUGCGUCAGAAGAACGCAGAAGCGGCGACAGAGGCUCACCUUCAGGCGGAGCUGUUCUCCAUGUUGAAAUACAUGCUCAGGUUUACAGAGACGGAGAAGGAUACAGCAGUCAAGAUUGCCUGUAAAGCAGACCAUUCUAUCAUUCUCCUGAAGCAGGAGAGCGCCAAAAGGAUGCACGAGAUUUUGAAGCUCUCGGAAGACGUCUACGCCCAGAAGAUGUUGGUCAAGAACUUUGUCAAGACUCUGGAGCAUGAGAAGCACGAGAAUAGCCACCUGAUCCAGAUGCUGCACGAAGCGGACAUUGAGCAGCAGGGCCUGAAGAGGAACUACUACGCGCUAUUGCAAGAGAGAGAUGCUUUUGGCGUCAUGGUAAUUCAGGGCAGAACUCGAAACGAUCUAUUGGCCAAGAAAAUGGAUGCGGUGUACGCCUUGCUAAAAGCAGGUUUCCUAGAGUCACAACAACAAAUAAUGGACAUGAGAAUCUUAAAGUUGGAGAUACUGAAUCUGAGGAGAAAGCUUCAAGCUUAUAAAGGCAUCAACUUCAUCAACAAUGAGCUCAGGAUAGAACUGGUCGAUGCUAGUCGUGCGUUGCAACUAGAGCAAGACAAGCGUGCUGCCAUAGAGAAGAUGAAGAUGCAGGUUCCCCACCUCCACCGUUACAUUCAGCAAGCUAGACUGUCUGAGUAUGAAAUGAUUCAAAAGAUUCAAAAACUGCAAAAGAUGCUGAUUAUAAAGUACAAAGAAAUCAGUUCGAGAGACAAUGUUAUACAACGCAGGAAUAAAGCGCUUCUUGAGUUGAAACUGUUGCUGGCUAAAAGACCUGGCGUUGCGUGCUACGGUGAGCUGAGGGCCACUAAAAGUCUUCUGGCUAAGAAAGACAAGGAAAUAAAGUCUCUUCUGGCGGAGCUGAACGCUUCAAGGUAUGAAAUCCACAGCAAGGAACAAGCGCUGGAGAAGUUACUUGCCCAGAUGAGGAGUGACAAGAGGCAACUGGCCGAGUACAAGCGCAGAGCAGUAAAUAUGCCUGCUCUGGGUGUCAAGCAAUCCGCAGAAUUGUCCAAGAGGAAACUGUUGAGCGGGUGCUUGACGUUGAAUGUCACGAAGCCAAAUUUGAUCACAUCGACCUUGACCCCAUUGAACUUGACUUCAAAGUAAGAAAGACGCUGGAAGGCUUUGUCUUGGCUACACUUGCGGGGGGUCGAUUUUUAUUGUGGAGUUCUCCCGAGGAAGCGAUCUUCUCUGAAAUCUUAUUCUUCUUUCUUUUUCAUUUAUGUCAUCUUCAUUUAUGUCUAAGUAUAAUAAGUUCAGAUUGUGUUUAAAAAGGCGCUCAACCAAAUGCUAUUUAAGAAGUAGUGGCAGAGUCUUUAAGGGAGUGCAAUUAAUUUGCGAAAUACAAAUUUGCUGGAUUUCAGAAUAAUUAAUCUGCGCAAUGAAAUUUUUACCGUAGUAUAUAGAAGGUGCAUCCUAUCAAUACCUCGAAAACAUCUUACUUUACAACGGUCGUAAAAUUAAAUUAAAACUAUAUAUAGGGCCUAUAAAUAUAAAAUCGUGUACCAAUUGUUUUCUAAACAGGGAAACCCGGUAUUGUUUUAAGUAAAUAACCUAACAUUUGUUUCCUCCGAUUGAAAGUCAUUUAAAUUUUCUUUGCGCCAUGAUGUGUAUGUGUCCGCAUAUAAUACUGUGUAGACAUUUAAGAUCAAUGAAUCUGUGUUAUAGAACAGGUUUUUCUGUCACGCUACGCUCAUUGAUUAUUUCUUUAAAUUUCUCUUAAAUAAUACAUCUUUGUCGCUGUCGCAAUGGGUAGUCUCUUACAACAGGGCACUCUUUCUUUAUCUUCAGACUCCUAGACAUUCGACAUAUUAUUUACAAACUGCUUUUCAGUCGAUCGUCAGAAGAGAGAUCGCAUAGUCCAGUUGGUUUAAUUGGUAGAUUUGUUGAAGUAGAAGUCAAUCGUUGUGACUGAGACUAUGAUUGAAUGGGGGGGGGGGAGAGUUAUUCUAUUACGGAAGUUUCAGUAACUUUACACUGUAUAUAUCUUAGCCUGUAAGACAGCUGUCAAUAUGCCUAUAAUAGAAAGAUGGACUUGAUUUCAUUUCAUCUAGUUUUCUAGUAUAUCUCUCGAUCAUGCAUUCUUUGUAAAAUAUAAUGUACUGAAAUAUUGCCAUUUUGUAUUAUUUUAAAAAAAUUAUUUUGUUCUUUUUCUUUGUAUGGAACUUUUUAACAAAUAUUUAUUUACACAAUUUAUAUACAAUUUUAGAUAUUAAAUAUUAUUAUGAAAGUA